AUGGAGUUUGAGAUUGAUGACUCCGGUAAUGGUGAUGCAGUAGGAAAUGUUACUACUGGAGAGGUUAGUAGUAGCAUAGCUGACAAAGACAAACUUGACUGCAGUUCUUUCGAUCCAACUGAUGAACAGGAUCAAGAUGAUAAUACGACUCAAGAUUCUUCUGGAGUGGACCAAAUCCCGUUAGCAAUUACUGCAUUAUCGGCUGUGAGAACAGUUGAUGAACCUUACAUGGGUCAGGAGUUUGUAUCGGAAGCUGAAGCACAUGCAUUUUAUAAUGCAUAUGCUACACGUGUUGGAUUCGUCAUACGUGUAAGUAAGCUCUCGAGGUCAAGGCGUGAUGGGUCUGUUAUCGGACGGGCUCUUGUUUGUAACAAAGAAGGUUUCAGAAUGCCUGACAAGCGGGAAAAGAUUGUAAGGCAGAGGGCAGAAACAAGAGUUGGUUGCAGGGCAAUGAUUAUGGUGAGGAAAUUAAAUUCUGGUCUAUGGUCUAUAACAAAGUUUGUAAAGGAGCAUACACAUCCUCUGACACCUGGAAGAGGCAGAAGGGACUUCGUUUACGAGCAAUAUCCGAGUGGACAUGACAGAGUUCGAGAACUAUCUCAGCAGUUGGCUCUAGAGAAAAAGCGAUCUGCAACCUAUAAAAGGAAUCUCGAAUUGUUAUACGAGUACAUCGAGGAGCAUAAUGAAUCCGUUUCAAGGAAGAUUCAACACAUAGUAGAGAGUGUGAAGGAGAUGGAAGCCAACGAACAAGACAGUCUUAGAUAG